AUGAAGAAACAAUUGGACGGAUCAAGGAUUGUUUGCCUAGAUGAACCCAAAGUCGGACCUUCAGAUGGAGCGGAUCUUAAGAGGAGAGGUGGAGGGAACGCUGAAGGUGGGCCAGGUGCACCAUCAAGAGUCAAGGAUAAUGAGAAGGUUGAAAAGACAAAGUCAAGCUUUGGGACGGUUAGUACGGUGAGUUUUUGAUAUUCUUCUUGGAUUAUAUUCUGGUUGUUCAAAUAAUUCUGUGCUCUUUUUUAAAACAAAUUUUCGCAGUUAGAGGGCACAGAAUUAAUUGAACAACUUAAUAUUUUAGCACAGCGCAAAGUUGAGAAAACGUCGCUUCAAUCCAGAAGAAGAUCCAAAGAACUUGUGUUGUUAUAACCACAAAAUACAUGUAAGUUUAUUUAUUUUACUUUGAUUUAUAUGGUUAGAAAUGACACGUAGAAGUAUAGGGGCUAUACUAUGAGUCCUAAGGGGGACGAUAAGUUUUAAAUUUGUUACUUAAAAUAUUGACUUUCUUCAUUUUAGCAAAAGGUGUGUAACACCACUACAGUCGGGUUUGGAUUGGCCGGCAAUAAGAAUAAAAAUCUAAACAUGGUUUUUGGAAAUGUAAGUUUUUUAUUCUUUUUUAAAUUCUGUUUUUUUUUUCUUAAAACAAGGUUCGUCCAAGAAUCAGACAUGGGGUGUCCAAAAAUUUCAAACUAUUUUGAAACCGUUCAUUUUGUGUCAUGAGGUAGUACUUAGACACAGUGUUUUGCCGGACCCGUCCGAAACUUUUUUUUCGGACCGGACCGGACCUCAGGAACCGCCGGACCGGACCUCUUAAAAACCUUCCGGACCGAAAUUUUUUUAAAUUUUUUUGCGGGUAUUUACUUUUUGUUCCAUUAUAAAAAAUGUUCCAAAAACACCACUAAUGAUACACCGCAGGGUGUCUCAUGUAUUUCUGCAAAAAGUAAAAGCUUACUAGUCCAAAUUGGACUAUUCUUUUUUUAGUACACUUGAAAUUGCGGGCAGAUUUGGUAUUAGUACUUACAUUUUGAAUGUUCGGCGGACGGUCGGCGGAGGCCGGCGGAGGCUAUUUUGUUGCUUUUUCCAAUUCAAAACUUUGAUUUUGGGUCCCUAUGACACCUGCUAUUUCUUCAAAACGUUUUGCAAUCAAAGAAUGUUUUUCUCUGCGUCGGCGAACCAACCGCGGAGAAAAAGUUUACCGCUAAUUAUUUUUUUUAAGUUUAAAAUUCGAUUAAAAAGGUUGCUAAACUCAAAAGACUUUUUAAAAAUGAAUGAUACCAUGUGAAAGAGCGUAAAAAGUUGACUAGAAAUCUAUUUUUAAAAACUGCUAAUUUUGCCUUACAAGCCCGCUAGCGAGCUUUUAAAAUUUUUACUAUUAAAACGGCUUUUUUAAGUCCGCUUUCUUUUGGCUUCGUUGAAAAAGGAGAAGUAAACGUGUUCGAAUGGCCGAAUGGUCAAAGGCGCCGUGAUUGCGCAAGCAUGAGACUUCAGGUUCGAUUCUCUUUUUGGGUAAAUGAGUGGUAUUCUUUUUUAUUCAAAGGUUAAUUAAUUUUAAUAUACAAAAAAGAAUUUUUUGUUGAUAAUUGCUUCUUACAUAUAAUAAAACAUAAAAAAAGCAAAAACUAAGGUUUUUAAAAAUACAAGAAUCCAAAAGAAAGAAAAACAAGUUAUAACCUUUCACUAAUGAUUUGAAAAUCUCGCUAGCGGGCUUGUAAGGCAAAAUGAGCAGUUUUUGAAAAUAUAUUUCUAGCCAACUUUUUACGCUCUUUCACAUGGUACCAUUCAUUUUUAAAAAGCGAAUGGGCAGCUUGUAACAUUCCCUUGUUAGUUUAAAAUUUUAUUAAAAUAGUUUAAAAGCUCAAAAGAAUAUCCCCAGUCUUUGUCCGGUGAAAAAAUAUUGAGUUUGAGCGGAGUUACGGCCUUCGCCAAUUUUUUAAAAAUCCGGACCGGACGUUUUUGGCACGGAUGGGACCGGACCUGAGCGGAAAAAAAUAGAGCCGGAUCGGUCCGGCAAAACACUGCUUAGACAUAGAAAUGCAAAAAUAUUAAAAAUUUUUCAAAAUUCGGGUUACGGUAGGAUUUAAACUUUUUUUUAAACUAUUGUACUAAAUGUCAGAAUUGAAUGGGACUUUUUUUAAAUUGUUUGUCACUGUUUGUCACAUUCAUUUUAUCUGUUGACAACUUUUUUUUAUUAUGCCCGGAAGGCAUUGAAAAAAAUUAAAAUUUCCGAAAAAAUCAACAAAAUUUUACGAAAUUAAAAAUUUCUCAAACAAACCCCACAUGUGAUAAACUUUUUAUACAAUAUGAAGUUACUUUGCUGUUUACACCAUACAAAGUAGUUUUGUACGCUUUCGUCUUUUUAAAACCAAAAUUUCUCAAUUAGGAUUAAAACCCCUGACUUUAACACCUCACAUGUGAGUUACACCCUUUAUAUGAUUCAACACUAAACAAUCCAGUCUUGAAUCAUGAAACAGUACCCUCAGUCAUCAAAUUUGAAUAUAUGUAAUUAAAAAUAUUCUUUAAAUUUACUUUAAUCAACUAGUCAAUUGUGUAAAUUAUAGGUUUGCAACAAUAUAAUCAACUUGAAUAAUUGUCAGCACGUUUCACAUGACCUACGGCUUGAGCAUUUUCUAAAGCAAUAUGGGAUUGUCCGAAGAGAAAUUCCGGUAAGUUAGUUUCAAAACAGCAACACCUCUACUUGUGCAAUUUUUUAAACCGGGCAGGGCAUGCAAAUCCGGAAUUUUUGUCUAAAUGCCUUUUAGACAAGAAUUUGCUGUUUUUGACUGACUACGUUUCGGCGCUUUCUUCCAGAAGCCAAAGUGUUUUUGCCUUUUCCUUGUGAGACUUUAAAACGAAAGCUAAGGUUGUUUAGAUAAAAAAAUACUAAUCCUACUGAGCUGAAUCUAUACCUUCAUGAGCUUAGACUUAGUAAGUAUAAUAGAUGAACGGUAAGUUAAAUAACUAAUUUUAAAAUUUUGCAGAUCAAAGCCAGUAAAAGGAGCCAACCACAACUAAUUCGGUAUCAAAUCAAGUACAAAAGAGCCUGUCAAACAAUCUACUCUGCGCUCCCGCCGAGAAAACAACAGACUGCCAAACAGAAGAGGGAGGGUAAACGUUUAUGGCAUUUGUUGAACAUACCGGACGAUGAAUACCUGACCGCCUAUCAGUUCUAUGUAGUGUGCGGAUACACUUUCUACCGCGAACGGUUCAAUCCACUAAAGUCUGUAGACUUCCACUGCCAUUAG